AUGGCUUCACGGGACUUGGCCUUGGGUGCCGCCCUGGGUUUCUCGAGCGCCACCACGCUGGCCGUCGUUUUGAUGCGGAAAUACUUGCGUGAAGAGUUACGACCGCCCAAGCUGAUCCACUCACCGGAUGAGCGUCUUGAAGAGGAUCAGAGGCUUUUAGAAGAGGUGAAGUUGUCCUUGCGCGACUAUUGGCCACAUCCGGUUCUGGAGUUUAGUGGCUACAUGUCCACCUUCUAUAGUGGCUUUUGGGCCGUCAUGCCCUCGAUGCAUGGCACGGGAUCCUUAGAAACGAUCGCUCUCUCAGACGGUGGCGAAGUAUCUCUUCACUGGUAUGACCCUCCACGCGCUGAAACAGACAAAGUUCUACUGGUUCUGCCGGGGCUCAACAACAACAGCCGAACUAGCUUCGUCCAGGCCACCAUGAGACACAUCAGGAGCGAAGGUUUUCAAGCGGUUGCUCUGAAUUAUAGAGGCCUCACUAGCGACUUGAAGACUCCCAAAGUGGCCUCUGCUGAAUCAUGGGCUGAUAUCCAUGAAGUGGCGCAGCAUAUAUUGAAAGUGAAGCCCAACUGUGAACUAUUUGGAUUGGGUUUCUCCUUGGGUGGAGGAAUGCUUUUGCGACACUUGGGCUUUGAAGGAGAGCGGACUCUCUUUAAGGCAGCUGUGACAGUGGCCGCGCCGGUGGAUUUCACAGGGGCCUGUGCGGCUCUGGAAUCCUCACGACGGAAGCUCUUCAUCAACUUCAUGAUUUCGCAAGGUGCCAAGGCCUUCAUGUUGCAGGGGCUUGUGAAAUCCAAGUUCAGAGACCGUGUUGAUCUCAAGCGCGUCUUGCUGGCCACACGGCUGAGCCAAAUCGAAAGCGCUUUGAUUUGCCCACUGAUGGGCUAUGCUACACCAGCGGAAUAUUACGAGGCCAACAAUCCAAGGCCAUUCCUUCACAAGGUCUCAGUUCCAACAUUGGUGGUGAACGCAGAGGAUGACCCAGUCAUAAGUUUGCACACUCUUCCCUUCGAUGAGCUGAAAAGAAACCCGCGGAUUUAUGUGGCCGUGACCAAGCGUGGUGGGCAUAUCGGUUGGGGUAGUGGCGGCUUGGGCGCUGGUGCCUGGACGGAUUCAAUGGCAGCGCACUUUCUGCAGGCUGCAGGAAGGUCUCAUCAUUCGCGGCUGGACAAGGGACCUGCUCCCCAGGCCUUUGGGACGCCGACAGCCCGCCUUUGA